GUCGCUUGCUGCCGCCACUCCCAGCGUCGACGCCUUCGCGAUGGCUGCACCUUUGAUUCCGCGGACACCCGCACCCGCCGCUGCAGCUGUGCCCGAAGCCACGCAGGGCAGCAUUCCUCCCGAAGAGCUUCGGCGCAGGGCCAGGGAGUGGGUCAACAGGAUCGUCCCGGACGUGGAUGACGAGAUAGCUGACACUCCUGAGUCACCGAGAUCCCUUGCGUCACGAAGUGCGCAGUUCUCCGAUGGGUCGCUGGUGCUGCCUGCAAAAGGACGGAGACAAAAAGCCAGCUUUGAGGUCUGGGAUUCAGAUGAGGAGG